CACGUUCACCAUAGUCAAUUAAAGAAAGUCUCGCGCCGUAAUUUUGGCCCUGUGUUCGACAUAUUAAUUAAGUGCAAGGGUUAUGGUUUCGCGACUGAGACUCAAAAAUAGCGCUUAUGUUGGGUCUUGGGUGGGGCGGGGGUUAGGCCGCAGCAGAACACGUUACCCUCUUGGUUCUCAUUUGUCUACCAUCGAGUUACAGCCAUGGACAAAAUUCCACCGGAAUUAAUUGAUCGAAUCAGCAGUUAUCUGGAACACGAUGACCUCAAGAGCACCCUACUACUUUCGAAAUCCUUCCGCUUUUCUGCUGAGAAGUACUCGAGGGCUUUCCAUGGAUUCGGCCUGCAUGAAGGAAACGCCAACAAGUUCGUGGACACCUUCUCUGGCCAUCGACUUUCGUAUCUGCGCGAACUUGAAUUCUGGAUUCGCCUUCCGCGCAUUGAAUACACGUAUCCAGAAGGUCGCGACAAUGCGGACGAAUUGAGGCAGAAUGACAGAAGUCUUACCCAGCAAAUCACAUUCCUCUUUGAUACCAUCAAAACGGUGGAACAACGUGCGGGAGAACAGAAUAACCCCGGCAAGAUAUUGCUCAAGCUAUACGCUCCUCUGCGAUGGGUGUCAAACAAGCAUCCAACACUCGCCUACCAUCGACAAUUGAGCUGGCGCGUCCAUUUGCUAGAGCCUGAGAGUCUUCCGACGCUUGGAUCGAUCCGCGCCUUGGAAAUAAGUCGAGGUGUGCAAGCACCGUUUGAGACUAGGGAUGAAGAUUAUGGGUUAGCGACCGUGAAGCUGGACUACCGUGUGAUGGUAGAUCUCGCUGUCCAAUUGCCAAACCUUGAAUAUUUGGGCUGUCGUAUCGGGGGCGAUGAGUGGCAGCCGAAGUGGGAGACAAAAGCCGCACGAUAUCUCUCCCGGGACUGGGCUGGGCCUCGAAGAGACACAAGAAGGGAUUUUGCGGAAGCUCUAAAGUCUGCGCGUCUGCCCAACUCACUCCGGCGCAUUUGUCUCGAUUUCCUUCAUCCACUUGACGAAGUUACGGGGAUCGAUCAUCUCAAUGCGCAACCGAACCUGGUAAUGCCAGCGCCCAAUGAUCCUUUCAGCACCAGUCUACAUCACCUUUCACACCAGCUCCGACGGCUCCACCUCCGCGUGGUAGCAGACGAGUCACUAUUCUGGCCUGAAAACGGUGGCAAUACUUCUUGGCCAAACUUGGAGAGUCUUGUUGUCAUGUUUCACAUGGUCAGCCCGUCGGGGAAAUGGUAUUUUCAAGGCCCUAAUGGUGAAGGGCGGGACACGGUGGGCUUUGAAGUCACUGACGCCUCGUAUCCGCCUUUGGAAGAGAGCGAAUAUGACGAAGAGAUGCAACGAAACAUCCAAGACGAUGGGCAUCGUGAAAAUGAUACCCUCUCUAGCCAGUUUCGCAUUGUUCCAAACGAUGAUACCUUGCGACCGUUCCUAGCAGCUUUCGCCAGCGCAACGGCACAAAUGAAAUCGCUUAAAGAAGCAGCACUCUGGUGCUCUCUUGCCUGGGAGCCCGAGUAUGGUAGUGAUUAUGAUAGCGAUGAUGAUGAUCACGCAGAGGAUAAGUGGCUCUCAGAGAAAAUGCGAGACUACAGAUCACUUGCUUGGGGAGUCUAUUAUCGAGCAUCAGGGGAGAAGGACUUGACACACCCCGAAAGGCUUCCAUCAGAGGUCCCGCAACUCUGGUGGAGAGUUUCCAAGUGGCGCCCCGAUCCCGAGCUCCAUGGACUUUUCCAGCAAAUUGGACGCCAGCCAGGGGAUGAUGGUCUGAAAGAGCACUGGAUUGACGACACGUAUGGAGAAGGACUAGUGCACUGGCACUACUUCGAGUCUUUUAUACAAGAUGAGAUAGAAGUCAUGGGACAGAUCCCAGAGCUGAGCUAAGAGUAUAUGGUUAUCAUGCAACGCUUAUGGAGGCUAAG